GUAUCCAUAUCAUGUAUAUGGGUCUCUUACGAAAAGAUGUGGAGUUGGAUGAAUCCAUGGCCAUCACCACAUCUUCCACUGCCCAAAGGUUCCACCACUUCUAUAUUCCAAUGCUUUUCCUUAUUCUUUCAACACCAUACAACCCCCACACUGAUGCUGAUAAAUAACCCUCUCUCCCUCCAUGUAUUCCCCCCUCCCCCUUUUUUCUCAAUGGCUAAUAACCUCUCUUUCUGUCUCGUAGGAGCCAUGGAUCGUCUCUGGUUUCAACAGAUUAUUCUUUUCCCAGACCCCUUUUCACCAUAUUUCCCCCUUGAACCAAAGCAGCCCCUCUCAGAAUCUACCACUACAAGCUCAUCAUCUUCAAGCCUCUCUUUAUCAUCUGUUGCAGACCAAGAAAUACCAGCGCUGGAUGAUCCUAAAAAAGAGGAAAAACAAUUGAAGAAAAGAUCAAGAAGAGGGAAUCUUAGUCGUUCACAUUCUCCAUCACAAUCGACUCAUAAACAUCAGAGGAUUAACCAUCAAUGCAAACUGCAAAAAUCCACGAGUUGUAGGAGCUUGAAAGACUUGGAACUGGAAGAAGUAAAAGGGUUCAUGGAUCUUGGAUUUGUAUUCACAAAAGAGCACUUGAACGCCAGGAUGAUUGGUGUUAUCCCCGGCUUGCUCAGACUUGGAUUUUCCAGAACUAAACGGAUCCAUAAUGAAGUCAAUGUUGAUGCUGACCAACUAUCUAAAGACGAUGAUAUUGAACAAGAAGAGAAGAGAGGUGUUAUAAGACCAUAUUUAUCAGAAGCUUGGCUGAUUAAAAGACCCGAUUCUCCUUUGCUGAAUCUAAGAGUACCAAGGGUCUCUGCUGCUGCUGAUAUGAAGAAACAUCUCAAGUUUUGGGCUAGAACUGUUGCAUAUGUAGUUCAACAAGAUUCAUAAAACAAGAGAGCAGAUCCCAACUUCGAACCUAAAUCUACCACACAACUAGGUCUAUAGCUAGCUGCAACUGUAAAAAGAGGAGUUUGUAAUAAAAAAGUCAUAAAAGAUAGUGUACUCUAAAUAAAAGAUGAGCCAAAAGCUCUUUUUGUCACCAUUUUUAACUACUAGUAGUGGUUAGGAUAAAUGGAAAAAACUUUAAAAAGGA